ACAUGCAAAACUUUUGUUAACUUUUGAAAUUGUAAAAUAUGUUCUCGCAAAUCAUACAAUAUGCCUCUGGAAACGCGUAAAAGCCGUAACGUAAAUGCGCAGUGUUUCUUUAUUCCCCGAUUGCAGUUGAGAGAGGGCUAUUGAGGGAAUAAACCUGCAGCUGGCAGGGGGCUUGUUCAGAAGACCCUGUGAGCACAUUCACACCUUUUGCGCAUUUCAAUGCCAGAUGACUUAUAACACAAUAUUGAAAAUUCGAGUUCGACAACCACUUGCAUUUCAAUAGUGUCUGAGAGGAAUCAACAAACCCUACCAAUAAAAUGCUUUCGGCUUUUUGGGAAGUAAAGAAAACUAUAUGAAAUGUGGCUCGUCAGUAGAUGGAAGAAGUAAUUUAGAACUUUUAAAUACUUUGUGUGUUGGUCAAUUUAGGAACCACUAAAACUUGGGUAAAGUUUAGUUUGUGUAUCAAUAUUCAUAGAAAAAUAAAAUUUAUUUAUUCAAACUUAAUACAUUUUGCCCUCGUCUGCAUUAUUUUUUACUGUUGGCUUUAUUAUCAUUGCCAUGCGUUUUUUAAGUUGAAAAUUCACGUCGUUUACGCUUUUAACACGUCAGAUGAAUUUUGUUAUCUCAGCUCCCUGUAUCUGCUUUAGCUCAUUCAAAAUGCACCUGUUUACGAGUCUAAAUAUGAAAUCCCAAAGGAAUUUUCACAGAUUAGCAUUAAAAUGACGAAAGAGUUCCCAGAAACUCAAAGAAGCGCAAAGCAAAAAUGCGCUCCGACGGACGAAAGGCGCAUUCCUCGUACCGAUGGUCUCUUGCAGAUCACCCUAUCAGGUGCAAAACCACUGACAGGUUUCCACCCACAGCCAACCCAAAACCCCUCAGUGCGCUCCAAACCUCUGCGGCGCACAGACAGACAGACCACUGACAGGAGUCCUGUACCACGAACCAUCGCUCUCCCAGGAUCUAUCAGCCUCUUAUACUUGGAUAACAGCAAACACUAAACGCGAGACUUUAUUUCACCGUAACUCAUCCGUCCUGACAGCUUGGAGUUGAAAGUUUCUCCCUCUCCAAACAACGGACAUGAAAAGAGUAUAAUGUUCUGUGUAAGGUGUGCGCUUUCAGGUGUCCACGGCAGGUACGGACGGAAUUUAUCCUUUUCAUCUCACACUGGAUCGAGACUAAGUAGUUAAGGACGUGGAUUUGUCAGCGAGGAGGAGACACCGCGCACAGCUUUUCUUACAAAAAUUCAAUCUUUGCGCGCUUUGACGAGAGUGCGGUGUACGCGCGGCCGCGAAGGAUCGGGGACGCCAAGGUGCAGGACAUUUGUUUGCGUUUAUUCUGACCUUUCUGAAGCCAGGAGAGCCUCAUGCUGCGUUCAGCCGCACACUUACACUUCAUUUAUCGCUCUUUUUCCUGGGAUUGCACAUCUCCUACGGGAUUUUGUGCGUGAGACCCUGGCGGGGCUCGGUGCGGCACUUACUGGAGCGGCAGACGCUGGAAACAGGUGUAUUUGACCAAGAUGUCUGUUCUGCCUUCAAGGUUCAUCUACGUGUGUUUACAUUUUCUGGUCCUCUACUUCCAGUUACAGGAAUCUCACCAGAGUACAGCUGACUUCCGAUUCUACAUUGAAAACCCCACCCGAGACGACGUGAGUCGAAAGCAGGUGCGGAUAUAUCAGCUGUACAGCAGAACCACGGGGAAACACGUGCAGAUCCUGGGCAAGAAGAUCAACGCCAACGGAGACGAUGGGGGCAAGUACGCUCUACUUAUUGUGGAAACAGAGACGUUCGGGAGUCACAUUCGAAUUAAAGGGAAAGAAAGCGGAUACUACAUCUGCAUGAACAAGAAUGGGAAAAUUAUCGGAAAGCCCAAUGGGAAUAACCAGGAGUGCGUGUUUGUGGAGGAAUAUUUGGAGAACAACUACACGGCGCUGGUGUCGGCAAAGUACAAAGGCUGGUAUCUGGGUUUCAACCGAAAGGGUAAACCCAAAAAAGGCUCAAGGACCACGCAGACUCAACAGGAAGUGCAUUUCAUGAAACGCCACCCCAAGGGAAAAGUGGACCCUCUUGAGGAGUUUCGUUUCACGACGGUAACGAAGCGAACGCGAAGGGCGCGGCGUUUAAAAUCCAACCCUAAAACAAACUGAAAGUAUCCCAGAAUACACGCUUCUCACCUUAAAACAGACAGACGGUGUUUGAACAGGAGAAGGAAGAACACACAAAUAAACAACGGCUACGGAAAAGAGUCGAGAACCUUUAAAAACAUUCAAAGAUGAUCUAUUUUUAUAUUAUUUCACCAGCGUUUCUCCCAGCUCUUGAAUGUGUGGCUUUAUCUUAAUGUAAUUUUGGUGCCUGUUAUUUUAUUUAUACUGGAUAAACUGAGGACGACAAGUUUACAGCAGAACUCGUCUUGUUAAAACUCUGGAAUAGCGCAAUGCCCGGGAAACCUUUUAUUUUCCUUUGCGUUGCCCCUCGACGACAUGGAUUCAAUAUUUUCCACUGGAAUGGACCGUCACGGAGACGCAACGAGAGAGAUAACAAAGUCAUGUGACUUUACAGGCCUCCAUAGGUUAACGUGAAGCUUUGAGUGCAAUAUUUUGAAGGGCCUCGCUUUGUCCGAUGCAUUCGUGUGGGCCUUUUCACGGGAGAAAUGCGCAGAACGCUCCAAGUACUUUGACGAUUUUGUGACGCAGCAAUUUAGGUCAGAAUGCAUUGACUGAUAUUAGCAUUACUGUGGUAAUAGUUUGUUCGAUAACACAAGCUUGGAUAUGAAGGGACUGGAAAAGCUUUGAGAGGCUUUUGACCUUGCUUGGUCUCAUUGCUCUCAUCAAUGACACUUGCAUGAAACUCACCAUUUGCUUACAGUUUGCGUAAAAGACGGAUAUGCAGAAUGCAGAAAUGUUGUGCAUUGCUCUUAGGUCCCUAACAGUUCUGUCAAAAAAAAUUUCUGGUAUUUUACAAACUUUUGGCUCUGUCUUAAACAUAUGUACCCACUAUACAGCACAUCACCCACCAGGGAUUGGCAUUACAUCACCAAAGCAUAGACUUAAGCAUAGACGCAGAUGGGUGCGUUUAACAAAGCAACUACAAGAUUUUUGUAGUUUGACAGUUUUCAGAGACACAGGUGCACAGAGUCUGUGAGUCUAAGAUCAUUUCAUUCGAGCAGAAAUCUUUUCUUCAAACGCCAGCCACUGUUGGCGAGGUUUACUCUCCAUAUGGUUAUAGCUGUAGUAUACACACACACACACACAUACAAUAUUAUACUCAUCGUCUGUCAGACGUUACUAACAAUCAUGACACACGUACGAUAAAAAAGUAUGCAAAAAUAAUUUUAUUACUAUUAUGAAAUAUUUAUUGUCUUUCUCUGUAAAUACGACUUGAUGAAUUUAUUUGACCUCUGUUAAUAAUAAUAAAAAGAGGAGUAUAU